UCGCUUGCGUAUACUUUCGAUCCUUUUGUUAUCGAUGUCUUCGGUACUCUUGCGCAUGGUGCUACGCUGGUUACCGGACGCAAGGAAUUCGUUCUUGGUGAUAUCCCUAAAGCCAUCAAGUCUCUGCGUAUCAACGUCCUUCAUGUUACUCCUAGUAUUCUGGCUGUUGUUCCGCCUGAGGAAUACCCGACUUUGGACACCGUUGUAGUUGCAGGAGAAGCACUGGGCAAGAAGUUGAUUGAGGAUUGGUCGAAUCUGGUCACCUUGAAAAACAUGUAUGGUCCAACAGAGGCUUCCGUCGAUUGUAUCUCUUGUCAUGUUACCUCCUCGUCCCUUACCGGCGUCAUCGGGCGGCCCCUACCCAACAACCGCAUCUACAUUCUAGAUAACCAACUUCGACCUACACCCAUUGGCGUAGAAGGCGAGCUUUACAUCGGUGGUGUUCAGUUAGCUAGAGGCUAUCUGAAUCAACCGGAGCUUACAGCCAAGGCAUUCAUCGAGAGCCCCUUCGUAUCUGGAGAAAGGUUGUACAAGACUGGAGACAUUGCUCUUUAUCGCUCUGAUGGAAACAUCGAAUACUGUGGUCGGGAAGAUCGUCAGAUCAAGCUGAGAGGACAACGUAUCGAGCUGGGAGAAAUCGAGGACGUUAUCACCAAAUAUCCCGGUGUGCACAGGGGCGCUGUCGUUAUCCGCACCGUCCAAGACACUCCUGCCAUCGUUGCAUUUGUCGAAUUCAAGCAACAAGAUCCCGAACAACUUGAGGACGAAAAGGAAGGGUUGAGAAUCUUUGUCUCAGAACGUCUUCCUCGUUUCAUGUAUCCCUCUCUCAUUGCUGCCCUCCCUCAACUUCCUAUGUCGCGCAGUGGCAAGAUAGAUCGUAAUGCUCUCAAACAAAUGGACCUCAAGUCAUUCUCCGCAGCUCUCUCGAAUGAGAUAGGCUUACCGCAGUCAGACGUCGAGGUAGAACUUAUGUCUAUCUUCUCCAGGCUUUUCAAAGUGGACCCUAGUAGCUUUGGUGUAACACACGAUCUCUUCUCUACUGGCUUAAAUUCUUUGAUGGCAGUGCAAGCAGCUGGUAUUAUCUCGAAGACCUUUAACGUUCACAUCGGUCUAAACAAUGUCUAUUUGAGGCCAACCAUUCGCGAAUUGGGUAAUCUCGUAGUCGAUGCAAUGGGCCAGGACAGUCUUGCGAUUAUGGAGGCAGAAGACACUGACAGUGAUUUCUUGAUCGAAUUCUUACCUAUCAAAAAGAAAGGAGUCCAUCCACGUCUUUUCAUCGUACACGAUAUCACCGGCAUGGCUACACCAUUUAUGCGUCUUGGUGCAUUCAUGCCAAACGAAAUGUACGCCAUCGGGGACCGUCACUUCGGUUCUGCUACUGGCUUUGGAACCGUUGAAUCCAUGGCCGACCAUUAUAUCACACUUGUGAAGAGUGUUCAAGCCCAAGGACCGUACGUGAUCUGUGGGUAUUCUUACGGAGGAGCUGUUGCACUGUGCAUGGCGACGAAGCUGCGGAAGGCCGGCGAUGAAGUUGCUCAUUUAAUCAUGUUCGACCCAAUCUUUAUCCCUGGUUCAGAGCGUCAGAGCUUGAAGUCGACUGAUUGGACACAACGCGCGAUCGACCGCAUUUCCGAGAACUUCCCAGACAUCGGUGAAAGAUGGAAGGGCAAGCUGAGAACCGAGAUUCGCAAGAACUUGGAUUCAAUGUUUGAUUUCGAGCCCGAGCAUUAUGAUGGAGCAACGACACUUGUGGUGCCCAAAGAUCGUUCGUGGUACCGAAGUGGACAUGCGAGUGACUUCGACACUGGUGCUGAUGACCAUAACGGUUGGGACUAUCGCAUCAAGAACUUGGAUAUGAAGGUGGCGGCUGGUCGCCACGAUACGAUGUUCACGCCCGCACAUGUGAAGACUCUUGCCGAAGUGGUAAAAGAAGUGCUUGCUCCCUACACGACCAAUGCUCCGCCACCAGCAAAACCAAAGAAAGCUAUUGCUAAACCCCGUGCCACCGACGCUGCUGAUGGCAAAGCUCCUCAGUAAAGCGCCGUACAAAAUAAUGAUUUCAUUUUCCUUCCUGGGUUCAUGAGGCUUUCCAGCUUAUAUCGUUAUUAAAUUUCAUAAUUGUAAUUUGUAGUCGUAUAUCAAUUGAUCAAUAUAACAAUCACUUAUCUUCCUU